ACAAUACUCAAAAGAACACAAAACCACAUCUCCAUGGCGAUAAUCCGCCACCUUACCAGAACCACUCUUUCUCUAUCCCUCCUCUCUCUAUCCAACGGCUCAACUCGCUCCGCCUCAUCUCUCCUCCACCGUUCUCCACCACCACCUCAGGACCCCACAUUAAUGCAGUACGACCGCCUUUCCAACUCCAUCAACACCAAGAUCAAACGUCUCGAUCACCCGGACCCACGGUUCCUCCGCUACACCUCCCCGCACCCAACAUCUUCCCUGGACCUCACUCCCAUCCUCUCGUCCCCAAGAACCAGAAUCACCACCCUCCCUAACGGCCUUCGAGUCGCUACUCAAUCGACUCAGUGGGAUAAAACAGCCACCGUCGGCGUUUGGGUAGACGCCGGUUCUCGGUUCGAGACCGACGAGACCAACGGUGUCGCGCACUUCCUGGAGCACAUGAUCUUGAACGGGACCAAGUCGAGGUCCGGGAAGGCAUUGUGGGAGGAAGUGGAGAACAUGGGAGGCUACUUGAAUGCUUACACGUCGAGGGAACAGACGACUUACUAUGUGAAGGUGAUGGGGGAAGAAGUUCCGAUGGCUUUGGAUAUAUUGGCCGACAUGUUGCAGAAUUCGUGCAUGGAUGAGGCUCUGAUCGAUCAAGAGCGUGGUAUUAUUCUUCAGGAGAAGGAAGAGGUGGAGAUGCAGGCUGAGGAAGUUAUAUUUGAUCAUUUGCAUGCAACUGCAUUCCAGUACAGUCCUCUGGGUAGAACCAUUCUGGGACCCGUAAAUAAUAUUAAAAAGAUUACCAAAGCAGAUCUUCAAGAUUAUGUUUCCACCCAUUACGCUGCCCACAGAAUGGUAAUUUGUGGAGUUGGAGCUGUGAGGCAUGAAGAUAUUGUGGAGCAAGUGAAGAAGUUGUUUACAAAGCUCUCAGCUAAUCCAAACACAAGCCUUCAGUGGGUUGCAAAUCAACCAACAAUUUUCACUGGCUCUGAGGUUCGAAUAAUUGAUGACGAUGCUCCUCUGGCACAAUUUGCUAUUGCAUUCGAAGGAGCAUCAUACACGGAUCCAGAUUCCAUUGCUUUGAUGGUGAUGCAGACCGUGCUUAGUUCUUGGGACAAAACUUCUGGGGCCGGAAAACACAUGGGUUCAGAGCUUGCACAGAAGGUCAGCAUUAACGAAUUAGCAGAAAGCAUGGCGGCUUUUAGCACCAACUAUUCAGAUACAGGCCUCUUUGGUGUCUAUGCUGUUGCAAAGCCAGAUUGCUUAGAGGAUUUAUCCCAGGCGAUAAUGUACCAAAUAACAAAAUUAAUUUAUCGAGUUUCGGAAGUUGAUGUUAUCCGUGCUCGUAAUCAGCUGAAAUCUUCUAUGCUUCUCCACUUAGAUGGAACAACCCCUGUUGCUGAAGAUAUUGGACGUCAGUUGCUUAAAUAUGGACGAAGAAUCCCAUUGACUGAAUUGAUGGCGAGGAUUGAUGCCGUAGAUGUUGACACAGUUAAACAUGUUGCAAACCGUUUUAUAUUUGACAAGGACAUGGCAAUUGCUGCAAUGGGACCCAUUCAAGGUUUACAAGACUACAAUUGGUUUCGUCGCAGGACCUAUUGGUUGCGUUAUUAG